CGCCAACCUGCCCCACUUCUCCACGAUCGUCGCCGUAGUGCAUCCUGGGGUAGAAGCUCCAGCUCCAUCAACUCACGCUCAUCGUCAACCAUGGCGUCCGCUAUAAAGCAACCCGAUCAGCCCGGCGGCAAACCCACCCAGGCAAGCGCUCUCGCAGAGGAUUAUGCUCGUCAGAUGCUCUGGAAACAACAACAUACAAAUUUUCACUCGACUUCUUUAAAAACAAUGGUGUCAACAAGCGUUAAUCGAACUUCUCUGCACCCUGGUGGAGUUGUUCCUUCCAGGGAACACACUGAGAUUGAGGAAGAGCUUCAUGAGAAGGCUCACAUUGACUAUGACCGUGUCGCGAUUGUUGCAAAUCCUUCAGUAGCUGCACUCUACGAGGAUGCUCUUGUCUACGAAACUGGGACAGCCAUCACUUCAACUGGAGCCCUGACAGCAUAUUCGGGCUCAAAAACAGGGCGGUCCCCUUCGGACAAACGGAUUGUCCAAGAGCCCAACUCUGAGAAGGAUGUGUGGUGGGGUCCUGUCAAUAAACCCAUGUCGCCCGAUGUCUGGCGAAUCAACAGAGAGCGUGCCGUCGACUAUCUCAACACGAGAAAUCGCAUCUAUGUGAUUGAUGGAUUUGCUGGUUGGGACGAACGAUACAGGAUCAAUGUCCGUGUCGUUUGCGCCCGCGCUUACCAUGCUCUCUUCAUGCGGAAUAUGCUCAUUCGCCCUACAAGGGCGGAAUUGGAGCACUUCCGACCUGACUAUGUCAUUUACAAUGCUGGGUCGUUCCCUGCAAAUAGAUUCACCACCGGUAUGACCUCUGCGACGUCGGUUGCGAUCAACUUCGCAGAGAAGGAAAUGAUUAUUCUCGGCACCGAGUACGCCGGUGAGAUGAAGAAGGGUAUCUUUACUGUCCUCUUCUAUGAAAUGCCGGUCAAGCACAACGUGCUUACUCUUCACUCUUCCGCCAAUGAGGGUAAAAAUGGAGAUGUCACAGUCUUCUUUGGACUUUCGGGUACUGGUAAAACAACGCUUUCUGCGGAUCCGAAGCGCGCCCUCAUUGGUGAUGACGAGCACUGCUGGAGCGACCGCGGCGUUUUCAACAUUGAAGGCGGCUGUUAUGCUAAAUGCAUUGGCCUGUCUGCGGAGAAAGAGCCUGACAUCUUCAAUGCCAUCAAAUUUGGCUCCGUUCUGGAAAAUGUUGUCUUCAAUCCCGAAACCCGUGAUGUGGAUUAUGACGAUUCCAGUUUGACUGAGAACACACGAUGUGCCUAUCCCAUCGAGUACAUUGAGAAUGCAAAGAUUCCGUGUCUCACUUCUCAUCACCCUACCAACAUCAUUCUCCUGACUUGUGACGCACGAGGUGUCCUCCCGCCAAUUUCAAAGCUCACUUCUGAACAAAUCAUGUUCCACUUCAUCUCCGGAUACACCUCGAAGAUGGCUGGAACCGAGCAGGGCGUGACCGAGCCUCAAGCGACUUUCUCAUCUUGCUUCGCGCAGCCGUUCUUGGCACUGCACCCGAUGCGCUAUGCGAAGAUGCUUGCAGAUAAGAUUGCUCAUCACAAGGCAAAUGCCUGGCUUUUGAACACUGGUUGGGUUGGUGCUGGCGCCACCACUGGUGGAAAGCGUUGCCCACUCAAGUAUACCCGUGCCAUUCUCGAUUCCAUUCACUCUGGUGAACUAGCCAAGGCCGAAUAUGAGACUUACGAGACCUUCAACCUUCGAGUACCAACGACCUGUUCUGGCGUGCCCUCGGAAUUGCUCAACCCCAAGAAGUCCUGGGCCGGCCAGGCCGACUUCAAAGAUGAAGUUACUAAACUCGGCAAACUCUUUGUGGAGAACUUUAAGAAAUACGAGGAUGAAGCGACGCCUGAAGUUAUCAAGGCAGGACCUGAUGUAUAAUCUCAUGGAUAAUACAUUCAGUCAAUGGAUCGGAGCUCUAUUGGGCAUUUGGUAUUUGCUUUUUCGUUCAGGGGAUAUUUACUGUGUUGAUCUCACUGUUAGGCUUUCACUUACUUACCUAUUGAUGAAGCUUCAAAGACAAUUUGAAGUAGGAUUUGCUUGAAUGUGUACUUUACUGCCCGGCGGGGUUUGAGUUUUACCAUUCAUUGUCAGUAUAUUUGUGCGAUAUUUGAAACCAUUGAGAUGUAUUUUACCAAGACUGAAAUAUCGGAAAUAAAUACAUUGAACUAAUUUUCUGCAUCGUG